CCGCCCUCACACGGAGCGCUGCUGAGACAGUCGAUUGGAUAACAACACAGAAAGAGAAAUUCUGUCAGUGAAAUAAGAUGGAUGGAGACAAGGCUCAAUAUUCACGCCUUAUGGAGUCUCUGAAGAGGAGACGGCGGCUAGGCCCUGACGAGCUUAGACUUAUUGCUGAACAUGACAGCGAUGAAGAUCAUGAAGGCAUGACCAUUGAAGAGGAGGACUUCAUGGACAUGGAGCUCCUGGAUGAAGGGGAAGAAGAGGAUGAAGAGGAGCAAGAUGAGCAGAGGGAUCAACCAACAACCUCCUAUCGGUCAAAGUUCAGUGUGCAUUGUUCAUUGGAAGGAGGUCAUUUGAGGUGAUGCUAUCACUACUACAGGUGGAUCUGUUUGCCUGCUGAAGAUAGUGCUGUAUUCUGUGGGUCUGGUUCUCAUGAUGUCUGCAGUGAUCACCGUCCACAUUAGAGAGAGACUCAUCAAACCAAAGAUAGAGCAACACAGGGAAUAAACUGCUUUUCAAUCUAUACACAAUCAAGGACUUUCAGUUUUUACCUUUGCCCAUUUGUGGGGGAAGGGGUUGGGGGCAUGGAUCUGGAAAUGUUCAUUGUAAGUGCUAUACAAAUUUCCUUUCUGUGUGGAGUUUGUGGGUUCUCUCAGUGUCCAUGUUGGUUUCCACCACAAGUCAAAAGACAUGCUGUCAGGCCAACCGAAGCUACUGAAAAUUGCUGUUUGUGCGUCUGUGUGGUUGUUUCCUGUAAAUUCUCCACACAUUCUCUAUUGGGGACAGGUCAGGACUGCAGGCAGGCCAGUCCAGUACCCGUACCCUCUUCCUCUGCAGCCAUGCCUUUGUAAUGUGUGCAGCAGGUGGUUUUGCACGUCUUGUUGAAAAAUGCUGGACAUCCCUGGAAAAGAUGACGUCUUGAAGGCAGCACAUGUUGCUCUAAGAUCUGAAUGUACUUUUCUGUAUUAAUGCUGCCAUCACAGAAGUGUAAUUGACCAUUUUUUCCAAAAAAAGACCUGGAAUACUGAAUAAUCUGACCACAAUACAUGUUUCCACUGUGUGAUGGUCCAUCCUAGAUGCCUCUGAGCCCAGAGAAGUUGACACCGCUUCUGGACAUGGUUAACAUAAGGCUUCUUUUUUGCACAGUAAAGUGUUAAGUGGCAUUUGUGCAUGUAACUCUGUAUUGUAGUGCUUGACAAAGGUUUGCCAAAGUAAUCCCUCACCCAUGUGGUUAUAUCAGCUAUUGUUGAGUGGCGGUUCUUGAUGCAGGGCCGUCUGAGGGAUGGAAGAUCACGGGCGUUCAGGUUAAGCUUGCACCCUUGGCCUUCACACACUGAUAUUCCUCCUGAUUCCUUGAAUGGUAUAAUGAUAUUAUGCACUGUAGAGGGAGAAAUAUGCAAAUCUUCAAAAAAAAAUUCUUAUUUAAGGUACAUUGUUUUUAAACAUUUCAAUCAUUUUCUCACAAAUUUGUUGAUAAACUGGAGAUCCUCUGAUCAUCUUUGCUCAUUAAAAACUUUCCUGGAUGUUUUUUUUGUACCAAACCCUGAUUACAAUCACCUGUUUGGAAUCAAAUCAUUAUUUCGUUUUUUUACCUCAUUACUAGCCCUAAAUUGCCCCCGUCCCAACUUUGUUUGGAAUGUGUUACAGGCCUGAAAUGCAUGAAUGGAGAUAUAUUAACAAAUGAAAUGAAGUUGAAGAGACAAAACAUAAAAUAUCUAGUCAAAGUAAAUGUAAGGGACACUGCAUUUUUAUUUUAUUUGCACUUUCCACACUGUCCCAACUUUUUCUGAUUUAGGGUUGUAUUUAAAAUAAGAAAGCGGAAAAUUACGUAUUGUGUUUCUUGUGUAUAACAUUAGCAGGAGUCUGUGAUAUAGCUGUAAGAGUGUUUUCAGUUUCUAUUUAAAGAUUUAUGUCUA